AGUUUCAAAUAUACAGCAGCAGCUGGCCUUGCUAGACAACGAAUCUUGGCCCGGAAUGGCUGAAGCGGACAGGGACCGUCUUCAGCUCAUCAAAGAAAAGGAGGCUCUUCUUCAGGAGUUGCAGCUCAUCAGUCAGCAGAGACGAUCCCCGGAAGACAUUGCACGUUUGGAGGAAGAAAAAAGACGCUUGGAGGAUGAAAUUCAACGGGCUCGAGCGACGUCUGCUCAUGGGGCCACUGAAAGGAUACUGUUACAGGAAAAGAGAAAUUGUUUGCUUAUGCAACUAGAAGAAGCUACACGUUUAACCUCCUAUUUACACUCCCAGUUAAAAAGUCUGUCGGCUAGCACUCUCACGAUGUCCUCUGGCAGCAGCAGGGGAUCCCUGGCCUCCAGUCGAGGUUCCUUGGCCUCAAGCAGAGGCUCCCUCAGUUCGGUCAGCUUUACGGAUAUCUACGGCCUUCCGCAGUACGACAAAGCCGACGGUGUAACAGACUAUGGGCAGCAUUUGCGCUUCGACAUAAUUCCCUUCGAGUCUCUCACAAAGGAUGUGCCAUACGCUGAUCCCAUUGGACACUCGAAUUUCAGUAAACAGCGGAGGUCUCUGGAUACCCCGCAGUCCUUGGCAUCCCUGUCAUCGCGGUCCUCCUUGUCAUCGUUGUCCCCUCCAAGCUCACCUCUGGACACCCCGUUUCUCUCUGCAUCUCGAGAUUCUCCCCUGGCUCAGAUGUCAGAAGGUUUUGAGGAGAUGGCCAGCAUAGGGGCCCUGGAAAUGCUCCGGGCUCCCACCGCAGUGCUGGGUGAUGACGAUACACAAGGAAUGAGCUCAUCUCAGACAUCCACUUACCCUGUGGACACUGAAGGGCUGCGAGAAACAGGACCACAGCUGACUGCUGUCCAGACUGGUGGAG